UCAAAAUCCCCCUUUCUUCUGGCGGGAACACUCCCACUUUAUUCAUCAGAAACAGACUCAUUUUCAAUCUCUCAAUCACACACAAAAAUCUUCAACAAAAAUGGCACCCAGAAAGAAACCCAUCACCAGCAGCAGCGGAUCCAAAAAACAAAACCAACAAAACUCGUCACAAAACCCCACCAAAUUCGGCAUCCAACAUUUCUUCGAACGCCACACACAAAACUCACAAAAACCCAAUAUCCCCAAAAACCCAUCUGCCCAAUCCAAUCUUGGGUCGGAUCCUAAAAUACCCAUCAACCCAGUUUCCACUAAAAGUACUGAAAGUGUCCCCCUUUUUAAUAAUAAUCAAGAUAAUAGUAGCAGUGCUAAUUUGGGGGUAAAUGUAAUAAACCCUAAAAAUAGAAAUGAUAAUGCGAAAAGUGAUUUUGAAAAUGAUUUGGGAUCUGGGAAUUUGAAAAAUGAUGGAAAUAAAAGUGGGUCUGAAAGUACACCUGUUGAGGAUUUGAUUCCAGUUGAGAUGGAUGUUUUAGAGGUUUCGCCGGAAUUCUGCAAGUCGGUUUCGCGUAAACGGAUAAAGUUUUCGCCUGGGAUGCUGAUAGAUCAAAGCCAGGAUGAUGGGGGUGAUGAGGUUACAUGGAGGAUUUCUCCCGUAAACGAGAAGCUUAAUGCAUUAACAAAGAAUUUAUUAGAAGUUCAAGUGCGGAAAGUUUUAGGAGAAUCUUCGCGGUUCAACAUUAUGAAAUCUAAACAAAAUUUUGAUAAUAAGAUUUCACCUCCUGAGAAAUCUACUGAAAAUUCUUUCAAAUUCUUAAAGGCGAUUAAUUUGGAAAAACGCAACCUUGAACAAGAUUUGUUGCUGUAUGGUAAUAAUGAGAAAGCAACUGAUGAUAAUAAUAUAGAUUGCAGGAGUCCUUUUAAGACUCCACCAUCAUGUCACGAUAAGACUUCUGAUAAUGGUGAUGUUAAUGAAGAAUUAACUCAGCUGGGUUCAAGGCAACACAAAAAGGCAUUACUCGACCUUCUUGAUCAAGUAGAAAAUGUAAUCAGUGUUGAAGAUACAGAUACCAAAAGCUCAUUAACUUCAUGUAAAAAUAAACGCUAUAUUGAAAUUCUUGGCGGGGCUGAUGUUUCCGUGGAAGGGCCAUCAGUGGGCUCCACCGAAAAGGUCAAGGCGGAACCCCCCAAUGUAAAAUUUCUUGUGUUCGAGGUAUCCGAAAAGCAGUUUGUUGGUAAAAAUGGUUCUCAGUGCUUAUCAAAGGUUUUAAGGUUACUGAAUGAGCAAUGUGGAGAAGAGCAGUCUGUGUAUUUGUCAGAUGAGUGGUUUUAUAGUGUCAUAGCACCUGGAGAUACUGUACACGUUAUUGGUGAAUUCAAUGAGGGAAAAUGCGAUGUGAAUCGUGACAAAAAUUUUCUUAUCGUUCACCCGGAUAUAUUGGUGUCUGGAACUCGGGUUGCUGGUAGUUUCAGCUGCCCUCGUCGCACUGUACUGGACGAGAGACUGAAGAAUAAUGAGCAGUCAGCUUCAGCACUAGUCGGCACCUUGUUGCACCAACUCUUUCAGGCUGGACUUAUUAGGGAAACUCCAACCAAAGAGUUUCUGGAGGAGUAUGCAAGAGUCUUGCUUCAAAAGAAUUAUGAGAGCCUAUACGCCUGUGGAGUACAUGAAGGUGAUAUUCACAAGACCAUGAUUGAGGCAAUCCCACGGUUAUUAAGCUGGAUUUUGCACUUCCGAGAUUCAAAGGUUCCUUCUUCUAGUGUUGAUUUUGGCUCCAGUGAUGGAGUUAAAAAGGUGAAAAUAUCUGAGGUUAUUGAUAUUGAGGAGAUGGCAUGGGCUCCAAAAUAUGGCUUGAAAGGAGUUAUAGAUGCAUCUUUGCAUGUAAAAGCUGCUUCUAAUGCUCAUCAAAUCAAUGAUUUUAUCAUGCCCCUAGAGUUUAAGACCGGAAAAGCAACCAAUGGACAGGCGGCCAUGGAACAUAAUGCCCAAGUGAAGUUGUACACCCUUCUUAUGUCCGAAAGGUAUAAAAAGAAUAUAGAUUAUGGUCUGCUAUAUUAUCUCCACACAGAUCAGACACAAGGAGUUGCGGUUCGAAGGUCUGACUUGGUCGGGCUAAUUAUGCGGCGUAAUGAGCUUGCAAGUGAUAUUCUGAAGGCAUCAAUGACACAACAACUUCCACCAAUGCUGCAGGUUCCCAACAUGUGCAAAAGUUGCCGCCACCUUAAUGCUUGUACAGUAUACCAUAAGGUACACAACGGUAGCAUAGAGGGAAGUGGAUUAGGUGAUGUCUACAGUUCACUUGUGAACCACUUAACAACUGCCCAUUGUAGCUUUCUUAAGAAAUGGGAAAGGUUGAUCGACUUAGAAGCAAAUGAACUGGAGACUGUGAAGAAAGAAAUGUGGAACUCAAAUAGUUGGAACAGUACAAAUUCAAAUACUUGUUUAUCCUCCAUUGUUCUUGACCCUUCAGAUCAAAUUCCACAUAAUAAAGUCACUCAAAGCAACCGGUUUGUUUAUCGUUUUGUUCGCCAAGUCCAUGACACGAAGGAUUCAAAUCCUUCAUCCUCGGGAAAGGAUCUGGAAAGUUCACUUAAAACUGGGGACUAUGUGAUCUUGAGUACUGACCCUGAUCGUCUUGUGGCUGGAAGAGGUGUUAUAAUGGAUUUAACUCGUAUCAAUGUCACGGUUUCUUUCUCAAAGCGCUUAAGGCUUCCAGGGAGCAGUCCUAAAAUCAUCCAUGAUCUUCGUCAAGAGGUUUGGCGGAUUGAUAAAGAUGAAUUCACAGCAUCAUUUGCAACAAUGAGAUUCAACCUCAUUCAAAUGUUUCUACAAGAUGAUAGAAGCUCCCACCUCCGAAGUAUGAUCGUAGACCUUCAUGCUCCUCGAUAUGAUGGUGGCUGUAUAUUCAGUCAAGAUCCUGCUGUAUCAUACAUUUGGUCAGAGAAGACUUUAAAUAAUGAUCAGCGCAAAGCAAUACUAAAGAUACUUACAGCCAAGGAUUACACACUUAUUCUAGGAAUGCCAGGUACUGGCAAGACAUCCACAAUGGUCCAUGCUGUGAAGGCAUUAUUAAUGAGAGGUGCUUCCAUAUUGCUUACAUCCUACACAAACUCUGCUGUUGAUAAUUUGCUUAUCAAGUUGAAAUCUCAGGGCAUUGAUUUUAUACGUAUUGGUAGAGAGGAAGCCGUGCAUGAGGAAAUUCGUGGGCAUUGUAUUAAUGCUGUUGAUAUGCAAAGCACCAAAGAUAUUAAGCAGAGACUAGACGAAGCCAAAGUUGUUGCAGUGACAUGCUUAGGGAUAACCAGCCCUCUGCUUUCUGACAUGAAAUUUGAUGUUUGCAUUAUGGAUGAAGCUGGACAAAUCACUCUCCCCGUCUCAUUAGGACCUUUGAUGUUCGCAUCAAAGUUUGUACUCGUGGGAGAUCAUUAUCAAUUGCCUCCACUUGUGCAGAGUACUGAAGCUAGGGAAAAUGGAAUGGCUGUAAGUCUCUUCUGCAGACUUUCAGAAGCUCAUCCCCAGGCAAUUUCAGCCUUACAAAGCCAGUACCGUAUGUGUGCACCAGUUAUGGAGCUAUCCAAUGCCUUAAUAUAUGGUGAUAGGUUACGUUGUGGUUCUCCUGAUGUGGCAAAUGCAAAACUCGAGUAUACAAGAUCAACAUCUUGUUCAUCAUGGCUAAAGAAGGUAUUGGAUCCACUCAAUCAAGUAAUAUUCAUCAAUACAGAUCUUGUGCCUGGUUUAGAGGUAAAAGAUUGUAAGACUGUAAAUAAUCCACUUGAAGCAUACAUAAUCACAGAGAUAACUGAUAAACUAACUUGCCAAGGUAUCCGUGGUGAAGAUAUUGGUGUUAUAACUCCUUACAACGCUCAGGCUAACCUCAUUAAACAAUACGUUUUAAACUCGGUGGAGAUACAUACUAUUGACAAAUACCAGGGAAGGGAUAAGGAUUGCAUCCUGGUAUCGUUUGUAAGAUCAAGCAACAACCCAAAAAACUGCAAAUCCUCACUGCUUGGGGACUGGCAUAGGAUUAAUGUGGCCCUUACCCGUGCCAAGAAAAAGCUAGUUAUGGUCGGGUCACAGAGAACACUGUCGUAUGUACCAAUACUGAAGCUUCUUAUAGAGAAGGUAGAAGAAGGAUCUUCCAUAUUGAAUAUGAAAAAAGACGAUAUUGAUAUUAAUAAACACCACCUUAAGAGAUGCUCACACUCAAAAGGUGAUUGUAAGUUGUAAUUUUGUACUGAUUAAUCUUUUGAACAAUUGAAAAUGGUUAAUACAAAAAUAGUUCAGUCUC